CGGGGUAAACAUGAACUCCAGUUCUCAUCAUAUCACAGCCGUGUUCCCUCUUUCUCCUUUCGCUUUCACUGCUCCACUGUUCACUCUCUUUUCCUUCUUUAUCGCUUGCUCUGUGGAAAGCGAGAGAAGCAGCGAAAAGUUGCGAGCAUCUGCCCCCUCACUCUCUCCAGGGUUGGGCUACGAGAAGCGUAGUAGCGGCAGCAGUAGUAGUAGUAGACAGAGGAGUUGACGCGAGAAAGGAAAAAAAAAAAAAGAGAGAUGGCUUCGUCGGCUGCGGAUCGAUUCGUGGGAGGCGGCGGAGGAGGUGGGGAUGAACCGAUGCUACUGCACCACCCCCAGAUGUACGACCACGUCCCACAGCACAGCAGGAGGGAGAAGCUGCGGUUCCCGCUGGAAGGGUCGUCGCCGCCGUCGGCCUCCUUCCUGCUUCUCCACGAUGCCGACGCUGCUCCCUCGCUCUACCCCGCCAAUUCCCUGACGGCCUUCCUCCCCUCCUCUUCCUCCUCCUCGUCCUACUACUCUCACAACCCCACCCUUAACUACGGUGACGCCCAAUUCGACGGCCACGGCGCGCUGCCGAUCCCCGCGCAGCACCAGAUCCCCAUCCAAGGCUUCUCCCUCUCCCUCACCUCCUCCUCCUCCCCUCGCCCCCCGGCUUCGCGGCACCACCUCGCGAGCCGGCCGGCCCCCCUGGGGCCGUUCACAGGCUACGCCGCCGUCCUCAACCGCUCCAGGUUCCUGGAACCGGCGAGGAAGCUUCUCGAGGAGGUGUGCCGUGCGGGACACCAGGCCGCGGCGGGAAGCGGCGGCGGCAGCCGGGAGAUGCUCCUAGACGCGGAUCCGCCCAGGGAGUCGCUGAUGGAUCACGGCGUCGACGUGGUGGCCGGCCAUGGAACGAAGGAGGACCGCGCGGUCGCCGGCACGGAGCAGCAGUGGAAGAAGACCAGGCUCAUCUCCAUGCUUGACGAGGUUUACAGAAGAUACAAACAAUGCUACCAGCAGGUUCAAGCUGUGAUUGCUUCGUUCGAGUCGGUCGCUGGAUUGAGUACUGCUUCUCCAUACGCAUCGAUGGCUCUCAAGGCCAUGUCCAAACACUUCAAGUGCCUUAAGAAUAUCAUAUCUGGCCAACUUCGGCAGACGAGCAAUAAAGGUCAUGGAGACGAAGGUGUCAGCAGAGAAGAUAUCUCAAGCUUUGGGCUCCUAAACAGUAGUAAUUAUCUACAAAAAACAACCAACAGCCCUGCUACCUUUGCACAACCGCACGUUUGGCGGCCGCAGAGAGGGCUUCCUGAGCGCGCCGUAUCUGUGCUUCGAGCAUGGCUUUUUGAACAUUUUUUGCAUCCGUAUCCUACCGAUGUCGACAAGCAGAAUUUGGCUAAACAAACUGGUCUAACAAGAAAUCAGGUCUCUAAUUGGUUUAUCAAUGCAAGAGUAAGACUCUGGAAGCCGAUGGUCGAGGAAGUACAUUCCCUAGAGCUGCGUCAGAAAAACAAAACAUCGGCGAGCGGCGGCAGCAACUGUGCCACCACCGACGAACAACCUCAGCCGCCGCCCUCGUCGCGGUCUAAUCCGUUGAGUUCUCCACAAUUCCAGGUAGCGAGCAUAUGCCGCAAUCAGAAUUCGGUGACCGAAGGCAUUCACGAGGAGCUGACCUCCAUGCGCAACCACAUCCAAGGAGGGCCUGUCAACUUUGUGUAUGACAUGUCGAACCACCAGCAUGUUGCAGGUGGAGCCAGUGUGGUGGCCGCCGGAGGAAAUGGAAAUGGAAAUGGAAAUGGUGUCUCCCUCACGCUCGGCCUCCAUCAAGACAGCGGGGUGUGCUUCUCUGAACCGCUUCCGCUCAACGUGGCCCGUCGAUUCGGCCUAGAAGAGUGCAACGACACCUACUUGGUGAGUAGCUUCGGAGCGCAAGAGAGGCAAUUCGGGAAGGACGUCAUCGGCGGUCGUCUGCUUCACUCAUGAUUCGGUUGGGUGAAAGCUGUAGCAGUCCCAAGUUUGUAAGAUGGAGCUAUGACUGCUGUUGUAUACCAACAACAGGCUGUGCCAUUGGAGGCUUUUUGGCAUUGUUAUACCUUUCAAUGCAUGUGGUUCUUCGCUUUUUCUUAUUCUCUA